GAGUCGACAGUCAUCUGAUUCUUUUCCUGUCCCACCCUCUACCGGACAGACGGGAAGAGUUCACGGUAAACGGGCUCAACACACCGACUCCGCGAGCGUUUGCGAGCCGAGCGAAUGAAGACGAUCGACGUGGAGCGGCAGAAAUGACGCGACGCCACUAGAACAGCGCGGCGCGAUCAGCUGAGCGGCCCGAACGCGCGUCUCUUCCUGCCACAGACGCCGAGAAAGAAGUUUCAGAACUUAGGGUUAGGGUCGAGAAGUCGAGAAACUGCUGAAAGAAGACCCGCGAUGAUCGGUCCGGACGGGGAAACCUGACGACGCGACCCACGCGAUCGUGAGAGAGCGUUUCUCCGCGCGUUUCUGCGCGUUUGGCCGCGAGUUGAAUUGGCUUUUCCUGCUAUUCUUCUUCUGAGCGCUUCCUGCUCGGGCAAAGCCACAGCGAACCAGCAGCUAAAAAUACUGUCCUCUCAAUGGAGCGCUGAACUGAGACUGUAACUCCGCCGGGCUCAUGCAUCUCCGCUUCCAGCGGUCGACUGGGAGAUUUAGAAGGACUUUGAGAUCUUGGUAAGUCGGAAUCAGAAUCAUGUGUUCCUCUCUCGUGUGACGUUCAUAAGCGGUGUUUUCGGAGUAUGCAGGAAGAAGCGCUCCUCGAGUGACCGUCGGAGAGUCCGUUAGUCCGUGAGGAUUGAUGUCUGAUGGAGACGCGUUCACCGAUGAUCCGGACGCACAGAGAUCUGAGGGCGAGAGGGGUCGUGACGUACCCACCUGAACUUCCACAUCACUCUUCAUCCGACUCGAUUCAAAGCUCCUUGUAAACGCCAUGGAGCCGCUGAAGAACAUAUUCUCCCGCGGGCCGCUGUCCACCUGGAAGAGCCUGGAGCAGAAGGGGAACUUCACCAACCCGGUUUGGACCGCGCUGUUCGACUACGAGGCCUCGGGGAAGGACGAACUGACGCUGCGUAAAGGGGACCUGGUGGAGGUCCUGUCUCUGGAUUCGGAGAUCUCCGGCGACGAAGGAUGGUGGGCGGGAAAGGUCAACAACAAGGUGGGAAUCUUCCCCUCCAACUACGUCUCCUUCAAGCCCAGCGGCUACGGCAAGCUGCCGGGCUCGGCUCUGGGCCCGGCCGUGGUGAGCGACUUGGAGCCGGAGACGGUGGACUUCGGCGAGCUGAGUCUCGAGGAGGUCAUCGGGGUCGGCGGCUUCGGCAAGGUCUACCGGGGAACCUGGAAGGGCGAGCUGGUGGCCGUGAAAGCGGCCCGUCAGGACCCGGACGAGGACAUCAGCGUCACGGCCCAGAACGUCCAGAACGAGGCCAGGCUCUUCGCCAUGCUCAGGCACCCCAACAUCAUCGCGCUCAAAGGCGUUUGCCUGCAGGAGCCCAACCUGUGUCUGAUCAUGGAGUACGCGUCCGGCGGCCCGCUGAGCCGCGCUCUGGCCGGCCGACGGAUCCCGCCGCACGUGCUGGUCAACUGGGCGGUGCAGAUCGCCCGAGGGAUGCAGUACCUGCACAACGAGGCCAUCGUCCCCGUCAUCCACCGAGACCUCAAGUCCAACAACAUUCUGCUGGCAGAGCCUGUGGAGAAGGGCAGCAUCGAGGGAAAAACCCUGAAGAUCACAGAUUUCGGUCUGGCGCGCGAGUGGCACAAGACGACUAAGAUGAGCACAGCGGGAACCUACGCCUGGAUGGCGCCGGAGGUCAUCAAAUCAUCCACCUUCUCCAAAGGCAGCGACGUCUGGAGUUAUGGUGUGUUAUUAUGGGAGCUGCUGACCGGAGAGGCUCCGUACAGAGGGAUCGAUGGUCUGGCUGUGGCUUAUGGAGUCGCUGUGAACAAACUGACCCUUCCCAUCCCCUCCACCUGCCCCGAACCCUUCGCCCAGCUCAUGGCCGAGUGCUGGGAUCAGGAUCCGCACCGGCGGCCCAGUUUCUCCUCCAUCCUGCAGCAGCUGACGGCUCUGGAGGAGCAGGUGAUGGACGAGAUGCCGCAGGACUCCUUCCAUUCGCUCCAGGAGGACUGGAAACUCGAGAUCCAGGACAUGUUCGACGAGCUGCGGGCCAAAGAGAAGGAGCUGCGGUGUCGUGAGGAGGAGCUGAAGCGCGCGGCGCUGGAGCAGAAGUCUCACGAGGAGUUCCUGCGUCAGCGCGAGCAGCAGUUAGCGCAGUGGGAGCAGGACGUGUUCGAGCGCGAGCUAUCGCUGCUCAUCCUGCACCUCAACCAGAACCAGAAACCCAACGUCAAGAAACGCAAGGGAACCUUCAAGAAACACAAGCUGAAGGUGAAGAACGGAGAGAAGAUCAGCAUGCCGCAGGAUUUUAUCCAUAAGAUCACGGUCCAGGCGUCUCCGUGUCUGGAGAAGAGGCGGAAUUCUCCAGAUUUGGGCUCGCCGUCCAUCGGCCCGCGCUUCCGAGCGAUUCAGCUGAGUCCCAGUGAGAGUAAGUGGAGCUCGGUUUGGCCGCUGGAGUCUCUUCCUCUCAAACAGACCAACGGCGAGAGGAGAUUCGCUCCUCAUUUGAGCCCCAAAAGCCCCAAAAGUCCAAAGAUCCUCCGUCUGAGCACACAGGAGAACAGUCUGUCGAUGAGAGCCAAACUCCUGGAGGUGGACAGUCACGAGAGCGAAGACUCAAAAGCUGAUUUUGAGGAGUACAGACCCAUCACACCAGAGUCCAGCCACAACGAGGGCUCUGAGAGCGAGGAAGGUGGUUCGUCCCCGUGCGGUUCUCCCAGACCGGAUCACCCCGGGCCGGUCUGUCUGGGUAAGAGCACACACCGCGCUCUGCUCGGCAGCGCCGCCCUGCUGGCGUCCGUGGCUCUGGGUCGCUGUCUGGAGCCGCAGCACCCGCCCACACCGCCGCCGCGGGCCUCGUCACGGACGCACCUGCCCGCGCUGGAGCUGGAGCCGGAUCGCUCUCCCGGUCCGGAGGUGGUGGGAGAUCUGAUCACCUUCAGCACGGACUCACUGCCGCGAAGCUUUCUGGACUCGCUGAAGCCGCCCGAGAUCAAGCCGCUGCCGCUCACGCCGCCCCCGCCAAACCCGCGGGACAGAGAUCGGCCGGGACGAAGGACGCUCGUCGACUGGAGCGCGCACGUCAACGGAGACGCGGAGGUGCCUCAGCAGAGCGGAGAGCGCAGGAGGAGGUCCAGCUACGGACUGAACUCCUCACAGCUCAUGUUGGAUCUUCCGCUGUGUCAGGACACGUUCGAGGGCGAGGACAAGUCUCCCCUGCCGUUCGCCCUGUAUCCAGACCCCCGCCUGUGGAGCCCCAAAACCCGCCGUCUGGAGGUCAACAUCGUCCCUCGGCCGCGUCCGUCCCCUAACCGCCCCCGCAUCGACCCGUGGAGCUUCGUGUCGGCCGGCGUGACGGACAGACAGGGCGCCGCGAAAGCCGUCAGCAGUCCCACGAGCCCUCGACUGGGCUACCAGCCCUCGCCGACAAACCCCUUCACGAACUGCGACCCCUUCCCUUCCCCGGACUGCGACCCCUUUAAUCUGAAGGUCGACCCUUCCAUGAACUCGGACCACGGCUCGACCUUUGACCCCUUCUCCACCCCCUUCCCCACCUCACGCUCGGCGCCCUGCUCCACCAACGGCAGUCCCAAUCUGUCGCUCAGGGUGGCGCCGCUGAACCCGGCCGACUCUCCGCUCAUAGACCUGGGCUGGAUGGGCGUCAGCCGGCCGCUCGACGGCACCAAAGAGAGGGUCCAUCCUCACCGCAAUCUCGGCCUAAGCCCGUUCAGGUCGCACGCGCCGCUCAGAGAUGACAGGUUCUGAACGCUGUCCCGUAAACGAGGGUCCGUGCCAAUUCUGGGAAAUGCAGGAGAUUUCCAUUUGACCCAAAGCUGAUGGGUUCCAAAUGCUCGUUUAUGUCUUCCUCUCUGAUUGGUCGGUCUUCCUGUUUUUCAGCACCGUCUCAGGGUCUUAAUGGCCUCUAGUUGCGCUUAAACGGAUCCGCACCUGCUGCGUCUCUUUAUUCGGUCUCAAAAGCGAUGCGGUCAAAGGAUUUCAAAAUGAUUCCUUGUUUCAGCCCACAUUCGUCUCAGUUGUCAACAAACGUUGCGUUAUUAUGCAUUCCAAAAGCGUUAUGUGUGGGAAAAUACAUUACACAUUCAGUGUAGUCGCCAAAGAUCGGAAGAUUUUCACGUCCGAUGAUCAGUUAUGAUUUUUAUGUUGAAGCCAGUCAACAAACAAGCAGAACAGAUGAAGUAAUUCAGGUCACGCGUCACUUGAAUGAUUGGAGAAACGCUCUGCUGACCUCGCUGCUGGUGUUUGGACUGCUUUUUCUAAAUAAAACGUUUGUGUCGAGUCAGAGUUUAUGGGAGUGUCUCGGCAGACAGAAGUAGAAAUAAAGAUCAGUCUGAGAUUAUGAAAUCACUAAGUCAUUUCAUAGACGGCGUCGUGUUGACUCUUCAAAUGUAGGACUGAGGAACGUCAGGUAGAGUUGUAGUCAAAAGCAAUACGGAAACCCAAAAACCUCAGUUCACUUUCAUCCUCAGUAUAUUUGUCUUGUUUUCCAGUAAAAGUGAGAUCCAUUUGUAUUUCUCAAACCUCAAUAAAUGUUUACAGCUUUUUUUUUUACAGCUAAAACGUUAUGGCAAUGAAAUGAAGCCUAUUUAUUUAAAUAUUCUAAAUUAAAAUACAUUUACUGGAGAUGCAAAAUGAUGCUUUUUUCUGAUAGAAAUGACCAAAAUGAAGUGGUUUUAUGCUUAAAAAAAACUAUCCAUGAGUAAUAAAAAUGUACUUAAUUCAAAGGGAAAAUGAGUUUGUUUUUCUUACUUUCGUAACUCAUUUCACUUUGAUCAUUUUUAUCAGAAAUCAAGACUAUAAAUGUCUCUUAAUAUCUGCGUUUAAGAACAGUUAGAUGUUUGUGCUGGAAAACAAGACAAAAAUACUAAUAAAAUCAUUUUUGCAUUGCUCAUCUAGACGUCAUAAAGCGUCUAGAACUGUUUUGAUCUGAUGAGAGGAUGUUUCUCCGCUGCACCUGUAGUUCAUUUCGGCAGGUGUUCACGUGUCUCUCUCUGGUGCUGUAGAUCCAUUAGAUGUAAUGAGUGACUGUGGUCUGCUGUGUCUCCCCCUGCUGGUCGCUCCCACAUUCUCCUCUCUGACGUUUUUCCCAACAAUGAAAUUCCUCCGGGAGGCCGUGCCGUCGGGCGGGAGACGCUGCGCCUGAACAAUGGCCUCCUUUGGCGUUUUGCUCCGUCAUCAUACGCUUGUAGAGCAGAGCAGAUAGGCCAUUUUCAAGAGUCUUGAGAUAUCUUGCGUAAUAUUUUAGAUUUUUGAUACAGGCAAUAAUAACUACAUACAGCAUUAAAUACUGUGUUUGAACUUCAGGAGAAUCAGUGCGUGAAUGUCAUAGAGUGAAACCUCAGUUUUCGGCACCGUAACCUCAACUAGACUAGUGUAAAUGUGCGUUGACCUGAUUCUCGUUCAGCUUUAUCUUUCAUGCGGCCUGCACAGACUCUGCUGAGCAUCUGUGAUUCUUCUGUAUUCCCAUCAGAGCACCUGCGGUUUCCUUUCUGUUUCUCAUCAGAACAAGCUGAAGUCAUGCAGGCCUUCGGCCGACUCGUGUCAAACAUCAAACCACCGCUGAGAGCACUUUAUUACCUGAACUCGUCUUCCCGAAGAGUCUCAAAUCUAGAGUCAAUAUUAGCCCUGUUUUCUGUGUUUGUGUGUCGCCGCUGGUUCAUACUGACACGAGACCGAGGGUUUGAUGGUGAACUCUCUUCAUAUGGAAGUUUAUUUCCACCAUGGAAUAAAAAAGUAAUUGUAACAAUAUCACAAUUAAUAUCUCAGUGCUGAGUUUAUAUUCCAGUUAAAAUCUGAACUGUGAGAUGUAAACCUGGUAUUGCCACAAAAAAGUCAAAAUUGUAGAAAGCCCGUAGUUUGUAAAUGUUUUUAUUCUCUGGUGGAAACAAGUUUUCAUUCAGUUACGAUGUUGUGUUCACUACUGAAAAAAUAGAGGUAAUUCCAUAUUUUUAUUUCAUAAUUUAGACUUUUUUUCUCGAAGUUUUGAGUCUGUAUCUUGCAAUUUUGGCAAUUUCUUGCUAUUUUUUUCUCAGAAUCGUGAGUUCGUGUCUGGCAAUUUUUACUUUAUAUCUUGCAAUUCUGCCUUUUCCCCAGAUAAAAAAAAGUCAGAAUUGUGAGAUACAAGCUUGCAAUUACCUUUUUUUAUUCUGUAUUCUUUUUCUUAUUCUUAAUUCUGUACGCUUCUACAGAAUUGCGAGAUUAAAAUUCAGAAUAGAGAGGAUAAAAAAAAACAUCAAAAUUGUCAGAUUUUAAUAACACAGAAUUCCAAGGGAAAUAAAAAAGGUCCAUAGUUGUGAGAGAUUGACUUGGGAUUGUGAAAAAGAAAAAGUCAGAAUUACAAGAUGUAAAUGUGAAAACUGAGAUAUAAAUUCAGAAUUGUGAGAUAAAAAGUAGCAAUUCACAUUUUAAUCAUUUUAUUUUGUAGUGCAAGUUUCCAUAGAUUUGCAAAAUUCUUCCGUGGAAUAAACUCAGAACUCGAGUAAUUUGUAAUUGUGAUAUAUAUGUUCACAAUUGGGAAAAAGUCUGAAUUGUGGGAUGUAAACGUAGAACUUAGGGGAAAAGAAUAAAAAUGAGGAUAUAAAACUAGAAUUCUGAGAAAAAGCUAGCUUUUACGUUUUUUUUAGUUGGUGGUAAAAACAGGCUUCUAUAGAAUUGUGAGAUAUAUAGGAGAAAAAAUGGCAAAAACGUAAGAUCUGAAGUCAGAAUUCAGAGAAUUCAAAAAGCCUGAAGUGUCACAAUUACCCUUUUAAUGUUUUAGUUUGUGAAAAUAAGCUUCCGUAGAUAUGGGCUGCUCCUGACGGAUAUCUUUGUUAACUCAACCAUCCUCAGCGUCUGUCAGCACACAGGCAGCACUACUAGCUGUGGUCAGAUCAGAUCGUUUCUUCUCAUUAGCGAUGAUAGCGUGUGUCAGACGCGUGUUGACGUCAGCUUCUGUUUUGGCUGGUGUAAUGUCACCAUCUGUUCGCUCGUGUGAAAUCAGAAACAGAACCCCAGACGCGUGUGAUUCACAGCUCUGGCGCCGAAACUGACACAAACACUCGACGCGGCGCGAUUGGUUAUUAUUAUUCUGGCCGAACCGGUGGAGAAUCGCCGUCAUCCUCACGCGUUUGGCCUCCGUACUGUAUGCAGAUCCCCGCUCAGAGCGAGUAAAGCUAAUCGCAAGCUAUUAAUAUUUAUUACUGAGGCCUUUAACACACUGGAUUCAAGAGAUUUUAAGGGGCCCGAGACACAGUCCACGUUAGGAUGCUUUAUUAUAUUUUAUAUUGAGAAAUAUCUUUAGGUUUUGUUCGGUUCUUCACUGGAGUUCUGGGUGCUGCAAAGGGACAAAUCUGUGUUUUACAGUGUCAAAGACUUGGAGCGUGUGCCUGAACUGAAAAGAGAAAUAUCUGAACAGUUUUCUUUUGCAUUCUUCUUUUAUGCUCAUCGUUUUUGAGAUUUCCUCAACCAAAACACUCCAGACGUCUCUCAGGCUCACGGACGGACGGACGGACGUUCACGUUCAUCUUCCACUACCUGCUAAAAACUUGCCAAUUUGAGGGAGAAUCUUCUGUGCGGAAGGAAGGUUUCUUGUUGAUGUUGAUUCAUGUUUUAUUUUAAGCUUAUGGCGAUAUAUUCAGUUCUGGUGAAGCCCGUAUAACAUCUGUCUGUGUGUGUGUGUGUGUGUGUGUGUUAUUCUCAAUGGGCUGGACCUAAUCACUCCAUUACUCGUGUGUGUGUGUGUGUGUGUGUGUGUGUGCGCGCUCGAUUGUGAGUGUGUUUCUGUGUUCAAGAAUGUGUGAAUGUUUAUUUUGCUAAUUGUAAUGGGUUUUAACCUGUGGAACUUUUAAAUUUAAAAGAUAAAAAAGACAAAAAGGAGCAAGACCAAAUAAAAUUUAACACGACUCUAAAA